UAUCACAGACGUGCACAGACUCCAGAGGGCAGAGAUCAGAACGGUUGUGUUCCUGUUUAGUAUUCUGUGACACUGGAAUUUGAGACUCUGGACUCUGGAGUACUGGAUAUUCGACAGUCACAUUUGUAUUUGUAUUUUGUGCCAACAGUGCGAUCCUCAUCUCAUUACCAUAAUCAUUUCUUGCACACUUGAUGUACAAAAAUUAAUAUAAUAUUCAUUUGAAUCUUAAAGAAAACAUUGAUUUUAUAUACGUAGAAUUUUAAAUCAACAAAUUAUGCGAUGGAGAUACUUAAGUCAUGCAAUAAGGAAGUAUUCAAAAGACGCCAACGGAUUUCAUGUCGGCAUUGUAGGUGCUGGCCCUGCAGGAUUUUAUUGUGCGCAACAGUUACUAAAAAAAAUACCUGGCUGUCAGAUUGAUAUAUAUGAAAGAUUACCAGUUCCAUUUGGUCUUGUACGUUAUGGAGUAGCUCCUGAUCAUCCAGAAGUCAAAAAUGUUAUAAACACAUUUACUAAAACUGCAUCAAAUGAAAAUGUUAGAUUUAUAGGCAAUGUCUCACUUGGCCAUGAUAUUUCUUUGGCCCAACUUAAACAUUCCUAUAAUGCCGUAGUAUUAGCUUAUGGAGCUGAUGAAGACAGAAAAUUAAAAAUAGCUGGUGAAAAUUUAUCCAACGUUGUAUCAGCAACAAAAUUUAUAGGAUGGUAUAAUGGUUUGCCAGCAGAUAAAAAUGUCAAAGUAGAUUUGGAUGUCAAACAUGCUGUUAUUGUAGGACAAGGAAAUGUUGCUUUGGAUGUUGCUAGAAUAUUAUUAACACCUGUUGAUGAACUUAGAAAAACGGACAUCACAGAAUAUAGUUUAGAGGCUUUGGCACAAAGUAAAGUAAAGAAAGUCACUCUUGUGGGUCGACGAGGUCCUUUACAAGUAGCAUUUACAAUUAAAGAACUAAGAGAAAUGUUGAAAUUACCUGGAGUAAGCACACAUUUUUUUGAAAAUCAGAUGAAUAAUAUCGAUAAAGUCAUUAGCGAUUUACCAAGACCUCGUAAGCGGUUAAUACAACUCAUGUAUGAUGCAUCCUUAAAAACAGAAGUUCAAGAUAAAUUGUUUGACAUAUUGUUCUUGCGAACACCUAUCUCAAUAUUAGGUACAACAAAAAUAGAAGGAAUUGAACUGGCUGUAAACCAUUUAGAAGGUGAAAGAGCAGUGGUUACGAAUGAAAAGUAUGCACUAAAAUGUGAUUUGGCUUUUCGCAGUAUUGGAUAUCGGAGUGUCCAAGCAGAUCCUGAUGUACCUUUUGAUAAAAUAUCUUCAACAGUACCUCAAAGUAUAGGUGUUUACAGUGUUGGUUGGUUGUCAUCGGGACCUGUGGGAGUGAUAUUGUCGACUAUGAGUAAUGCUUUUCAAGCAGCUUCAUUAAUCGGUCAACAUUUUGAUGAAGGCUUGCUUGGUGAGCGAAAGCCAGGGUUUAAUUAUAUUUCAAAAGUAUUAGAAGAUAAAGGUAUAAUUACUGUCGAUUGGAAUGGAUGGACAAAAAUUGACAAAGUUGAAGUAGAAAGAGGAAUAAAAUGUGGUAAACCUAGAGAAAAAAUUGUCGAUGUUGAUGAAAUGUUACAAAUUGGAGGGAUACUAAAAUAAUAUUUUGUAAUCAUAAUCAAAAUCUAAUUUAUUGGAGAAAAGUUUAGAUAAUAAAAUAUUAUAAAUGCUUCAAAAUAAAAAUA